AGAUUCAGCUGUGAAGCUGGAUUUGAUCCAAAAGCUCACCGACAGCAAUGGCCAUGGAGCAAAGCAAAAUGAUUGGACUCUCUGUGUUCCUGCUGGGGUUCUUAUCCUUCCUUCUGGCUGUUGUUGCUGAGAAUAAAAAGCCUCCUUUUGGCACUCCAAUUCAAGGGAGGGACGUCGUGAUAUGCAAAUUCCCGAGUGAUCCGUCGAUACUACUCGGGUCUUUGUCGACGAUUGCCCUCGUUCUUUCGGUCAUAUUAGGCCAUGUUGGCAUAUUCUUCCCAUACAAAGGGAAGCCAGUUUCGACUAGCGUCUUGUUUGGCUACAAAACCUUGUCCAUUUUCUUCUAUGUCGCGGAGAUUGUGUCGGCUUGGGCCAUAGCAUUCUUGGUGUGGACUAUUGUGACGGAAGGCCUGCAUCGAUCGCGCAACGUUCACUAUGAUCUCACGACGCAGUGUCCUACGGCGAAGACCGGGAUGUUUGGUGGCAGUGCUUUUCUUGCCCUUGAUGCCGCCCUCUUGUGGGUGGUUUGCCAGAUGCUGACUUUGAAUGUGAGAGAUGAUUACUUUGGGGGGGAGGAGGACGGAAAGGGAGAGUAUGGGCAUGUUUAUACUAAUGAUGUGAAUGUCGACUGA